GCAGGGGCAGCGGCGGCGAUGGGCGGGCGGCUCGCCCGCGUGUUCCGCAAUUUCAACGUGGAGAGCCGGGCCCGCCGCGAGAUCAGCAAGGAGAAGCCCACGGCCGCGCCGCGGCACCCCGCCUCUCGCCUGGACCAGCCGGCCGACCGCCUAGAGAUACAAGCAGAAAUUUCCAGAAAGGACGAUCGGCUCCUCACCUUGCUGAAAGAUGUUUAUGUUGAGUCCAGAGACCCGCAGGUGCUGGUAAAAGAUGGAGGUGGUGAACAUCUUCCAUGUAAACAGCAGGAAAAGAGACUUACAAAACUAGGCCACUUGGGAGGUCUAGAUGUUACCAAAGUUUCCAAAGGCAAAAUUUCCAUUGUGGAGGCUCUGACACUUCUUAAUAAUCAUAAAAUUCAACCUCAAGUAUGGACUGCAGAGAAAAUAGCAGCGGAAUACAGUCUGGAACUGAAGGAGGUCAACUCUCUUCUGGAGUUCUUCAUUCCUUUUGCUGUGCAAGAGUUUCCUAAAGAAACCAAAAAAGCUAUCAAGCCAACAUAAAAAAUAACUACCAAAACCUUGUGUGAUCUCACUUGUGUGUCAAUUUUCCUCUCAAGCACAUUCAGUGUCUGCAAAGAGUCGGUAACACUAAGGCUGCUUCCUCACACCAGCAGCACAUUCUGUAUCAGAUGCCUUCAGUUGAAUGAGGCAAUUAUAGGGUACAGUUUGUAAGCCAGAGUAUAAGUUGUAUGAGGGUAUGUCACAUGAUUGUGAUUAUGCCAUUCAUCUGUUAGGAGUUAAAACACACAGGUUUUAGGGAGAACCUUACCUUAACAGAUUGCCUUUCUUAGCUGAGACUUCCUGGCCUUCAGCUAAAUCAGUGCUCUGUCUAUAUUUGCUCUAGUUUCAUGUUACAGUCUUCCUUUCAAGGACUAACUCUCAAGGUGUGUGUAUUUAUACAAACAGAUGUCCAUCUUUUGUAUAAGAAUGGAAUGAUGUUUAUGCAUUGUGAAGAAGGUUAACUGCAAGGUCAUUUGGGUAAUGCAGCUGUGUUAAGGAGAAUAGCAACAAAGCCUCUUUCUGAUGCUGGAACUGGAAUGACUGAUGUGUAGCUGCUCUUCUGCUCUGUUCUGAUUUAGCUCAAAUACCUGCAUGUCCCCAGGUACUGUCUGGCAGUGACUUUGUAAAGAGUGAUGAUCUUCUAGCAUCACUCUCUUGCAGGAGACUCUCAUUCUAUUUUAAUUGGUAGGUAACUGAAAUGCAACUGGAUCUACUAAUUGGACCCAGUAGUGGGCCCUCUGUAAAUGCCUCCUUGUCCUGGUACAUUUUUUCCCUGUGGAGGCCUUGUCUGACUUAUCCAAAUACAGGCCAGAUGAGGUCAUGUUCACUCCCAGUAAGUUGCCCAUGUGCUACCAAACUGAAAAUCAGCAUCCUUUGCAAGCCUUAGUGAAGGAUGCCACAAACUGAGGUGGUAGCAGACAAUUGCAACCUUCUGAGGCAGUGACUAUUCAGGACUGUGUAGAUAAGUUGUGUUCUAAUGAUUAACACUAAUGAAAAGUGGUUCAGUAUUCCAGAUAAGCUGGGGACAGUGAGGAUAAUCAGAACUGUUAGUUAAAAAUGCAUUACAGUUGCCUUCAUUCAAAAGAAACAACUCCCAGAGUUUUUAGGUGGCACCAACAUUCCUAGUGCCCAUCACCAAAGAAGGUGAAUUAAGAGGGUGGAAGUCAGUACCAGGCCUACAAUGUAGCUUUCUCUUCAAGAGCUUUUCUGCCAGGUCUUCCAUUUAGACUCUGGUAAGUAUCUUACCAAGAACAGCUUUGCCAUUUCACAGCAAGAUUCUUCACACUUCUCUGAGAUGGAACAAGGUAUUUACAGUACCAUUUGUCACAGUGUAUUCAAAGUUUUGCUUGAUUCACUUGUGAAGUACCUAACACUGUACUUGAGUGGAAGGUGACACCCAAGUGCACUGUAUAAAAGUUCAAAACUGUUAGUCUUUGGCUGUGUGGAUGGGGAACAGGCUUCUCAUUCCUCCUUUAAUGUAACAGAGAGCUGCACUCUGAAACUAAUGUAUGUGAGUUACAAACCAUGCUUCAUCUGUUUUGCACAAAAUGCUCUGUUUUAUAGACUUUCAACAGAAGUACUUGAUUGUUUGAGUACUGUUGAUCCUAAUGUAAUAUUGAAAGUAACAUUUAGUAAACAGCUGUGGAAUCCA